UCAAUAAAGUUUUGUUAUGCCUAUUGAAAUAUAAAUUUCAAGUUAUCAUGAAUAAUACAAAAAAAUACAAUGACCAAUUUAAAAACUGCGCAUACAAUAUCGAGAAAAACAUAGCAAAACCUCAAACGACGGAGCAGUUACGUAAAUAUUUAGAAAAGUAUAAAAAGGUAAGUUUUGCACAAAGCGACAAAAACCUUAGAUCUUGUAGCUACACUUGUUUACCAAAUACGCAUCAUAGACGCCCUGAAGACGCGGCCGCAGCUGAGAAUAUCACGCAACGUUUUAGUGAUUAUACACAUUUUAACAGAUUCAAACAUGAACGAAAUAUAAGAUUAAAAACACAAGGGCCGGUCAAUGUUUAUUCUGUUUCAAGCAGUCCGAACCAAGUCAAUACGUUCGCUCAUCAAUUAAUCAAACAAGUCCAAGAUAGGGCUGACCAUGACUACAAAUAUCCUGAAACGUACAACUUUCAAGUUAAAAAGCGAAAAGUUGAGAAGCAAACUUACUGCAGGCCGGCACUGGAUAUGUACAAUAAGGAUUUGAUUUACAAAACAAUGGAGAAAACUGCUAGACUGCGUGAUUUAGUAAGAAGAUUAAUCAUAGCCAGGGAACGGGAAAAACUGGAGAACCUAUUGAAUCAGGAAGAUCAAGAUUAUUUAUUUAGAUCACAAUCUUCAUCUGACGCGACCGAAAACGUCGAUAAGAUAGGUCGAAAACUGUUUGUUGCGCAAAGUAACAGUUCUUGCUGUAAACAGCAUCCUAAAAACACUAAAGAUAUAAAUAUUGAAGAAAAACAAUUUGCAGUACAUGAACCACUUUCACUUAUUCAUUUAUCUUACAAGCAUUCAGGAACGGACGAAAAAUCUCAUUUAGACGGCUGUUUACAUGACAGCGAUAAUAAUACUUCAAUACAAACCAACAAUCAUGUUAUCAGUCAAGAGAUCCGCAAAAAUUAUCAAAAUGACAACAAUAACUAUAGUAGUAAAACGAAAGUUCCCUUUUUAAAAAUGCAAGUAUUCGAAGAUCUACAAAAUGAUUGUGAAAAAGAACAUUGGCACCAAAAUAAGGAACAGGAAACACAAAAAUAUUGUUCAACACCUGAUAGAGAUAAAACAAUAUUAACAGAUCUAAAUAAAUAUGAUACCGAUGUUGUAAAGUCAGCUUACCCCAUAAACAAAUACAGCCUGAAAAUUAAAAACGAUUGGAAUAAUAGUACGUUAUCAUACAAAAAGCCAGACAAUGAUCAGUCAGAAAUGCAUUUUAAUUCGAUGGAGACUAAAAAUAACCUUACGAUAAACACUGCCAUACAAACUGAUUCACAUAAGAUUCAAUUAUACAGCAAUGUCCUCAAAGCUGACCAGCAGGUAGAGGCAGACAUGGAAAAACUGACAAUUAAACAGAAAUAUCAAAAGUGUUUCAGUAAAAAUGACAAAAGUAUAGCUACAGAAGAUAUUAAUAUUUUUGAAGAAACAGAAGAAAUAUUUAAAGACAGUGUUGAAGAACUAGAAAUAACAAUCGAAGACGCAUUAGAAGCAAAGUGUGAUAAAGUUUCGGAAAAUAUAUCAAAAAAAGAGGAUAUAAAUAGUGCAUCUAUUACGCCAAAUACAUUAAAUAAUAUAGAAUCUAAACUUGACAGCUUGUUAAGUUCAAUCAAUGAUUUAAUGAUGGAAAUGAGGAAUAAAAAUUCAUCAAGAACUGUAAAAACUAAAAAGAGUUACUUGAUUGUAAAUAACGUUGAGAGCUGUAAUAAAAUGAAAAACCUAGGAGGGUCACAAAGUGAGCCGGUUGGUGAUAAACAGAUGUAUAAUCAUAGCAGCCCAGCGGUAACUAACAAUUCUGAUAGCACCAUGUUCGUUUCAGAAACCGACAGCAACAAUACAAAACCUAGUGACUGUUUAAAACGUUCCAACGCAGUCAAAAGAGCAAUUGCAGAGAUAGAAAGAAAAGUAGCUCGUGACAUUAAUACUAUACUGAACAACGUCAAUAAAGAAUCAUAUAACGAACAUUUGAGUAAUGGUGAUGUACCAAAAAGAGAUACAGCAACAGAAACAACCAAUUCACAAAUUGACAAACAAAAAGACCAGAGCGCACUGUCAGUCAACUCCGAGAGAAUGGGUUUAGUUUCGCUAGUGAAGACAUCAGCCGAAAUGCUGAAGCAACUCAUGUCAUACAUGCCAGGAAUCCUUCCCAACUAUCCAGUCACGCAGAAGAACGACAUGUCAUUUAUCUGCAAUAUCUGCGGCGCUCGGUUUAGUAAAUCUACCGAGCUGAGCACGCACAUUGCCACUCACACCGUAUCCAAAGUAAGGGACUGCUGUGUCUGCCGCCACGUGGCGGACGAGAGGACGACAUUUGUGGAGAAAUCAUGUAGUUUCGGCUGCAAGUACUGCGGGCAGAGGUUUACCCGCGCCUAUUGCUGCGAGCUGCAUCAGCAAGCCUGCGCGCUCAGCCACGGCCGCCAGCUCCUGGACCGGCCAAGCCUCCUCAUACUCCGGUAAUGAGGAUAGUUCACAUGUGGUGGGGUUGGAAAAGUAGGUCUUCGAUUGUGUUCGUAACGCGUCCGUUUUGUAUAUGUCAUUAAUUUAUAAAACUAAAACCAAGUGUUGCCGUGUCUGUUUAAAUAUUUUGAAGUAUUGUAUUAAAGAAUUUACGUUUAA